AUGGAGAUGGUGCGGCUGUACGUGGUGCUGAUCCCCAUGCAGCAUGUCCUUGCCAUGACCUGGCUGUACCUGGCCAAGCAGACUUCCCUGCGGGCAGUCCUCAGGGACCCCGGGGGCUGUGAGGGUCUGACAGGACUGGUAGAAGAGCAGGUCCGCAUUUGCCGACGGCAGGUGGAAGCCAUGGAUGCGGUGAAGCGAGGUGCGGAGCUGGCUGUCGAGGAGUGCCAGCACCAGUUUCACUCUCGCCGGUGGAACUGCUCCACCCUGCAGGGGCUGCAGGUCUUCGGCAAGGUUGCCAUCCAAGGCACACGGGAGUCUGCUUUCAUCCAUGCCAUCUCUGCCGCCGGUGUUGCCUUUGCUGUGACUCGUGCCUGCAGCCGUGGGGAGCUGGAGAAGUGUGGCUGUGACCGCAAGGUCCGAGGAAUCAGCCCUGAAGGUUUCCAGUGGUCGGGCUGCUCUGAUAAUUUGUCUUAUGGGAUUGCCUUUUCUCAAGCCUUCGUAGACAAUCCUGAGAGGAGCCGUGGCAUCUCCUCCAGCCGAGCGCUCAUGAACCUGCACAACAAUGAGGCUGGGAGGAAG